AUGAAACGGGGUUACAUCAGGCGACGCCAAGCACAAUUGGCACAAACUCGCUCACAGUUUUAUUUCAGGCAGUCUCUGCCAGGUCACUCUGACGCUGGGCUUGAAACCUCUUGUCGAAAAAAAGCGGGCUUUCUUGUGGGCUUCCUGGGUUCUCCUGCGCUGGAAACAAGUUUUUUAAUAACAAUACCUCAAGCUGCUCAUUCGGGAAGCCGUCGAUCAUCGUCAAUCCAACUUCCAGUUGAACUGAGUCAGCUCUCGGCGCCGCAAAGUUUUGUCGCUGGUCAUGACACCAACUGUUCAAUGCAAGGUUUACCAUCGCCGGUGCCAAAUCCGAAUUCAAGCUUGAUCACCAAUGUUGAAUUGAACUCGAUAGCUGUUGGGUUGCCUCGUGCUCCUGUUGAAUUGCAUCUCGCCACCGAUAGUAACCAACACCUUAGCCCUGGCCAUGCUCCGGCUAGUGACCAGCCGUCUCUUGGCUCCGCAUACAAUGAAGCCCCGUGUCUUCAAAACCACGGCACAAUAUCAAGUACCGGAACGGAUAUCUCACCUUCGCUUUCUCUUCCCCCAGCUUCUUUUUCCCAGCCUUCUUCCAUAAAGCUUGUUGUAUCAGAUGUGCGGGCUCCAGCACAUCUUCCACCCUGGCACUUCCCGGAGAUUAAGCCAGUUUCAGAUGUAUCGACGUCAAGGGACUUGCCCCAUGUCACCCAGUUGCCGACCGGAGGCACCACUCCGUCUCCUUCAAAUCCAAUUCCUGCGCCUGUUCCCCCUCUGGACAUCAUAUACGAGCUUCCGGCGCUGCGCGCAAUUACGCGGCGUAACAAGACAGUGCCCAUCCCACGAGUGAGGCGAAGUCCGCCGCUUGGACCGUCACCCUUAAGGUCUAUGAUCCUGCUAGACACACCCGGAGAGGAAGACACCGUCGAAGGUGAUGACGUCGCUCGGAUUGGAUGCUCUCGUGUAGGCCUUGGAUCUCCAUCUUUAAGUCAAUCAGGAAAUAGAACAAGUCUCCAGGAGCACGCCGUUAAAGCGAGCAACGAUUCAGAUGGCGUAUUAGGUAUCAUCCGAGAACUUGUUUAUGAAACGAACGACUGGGACCCAAGUUUGUUCGUGGACGAGAACUUCAAGACACUCAUAAAACAAUCUAAAAGCUUGAUUUGGCAGCAUAAACAAGGGCGCCCGUUACACGACCUGGAAGAAUAUUCUUGUCAAGCCGUUUUUUCCGGACAUGCGUCUUUGUAG